ACCCUUAUCAAUGGAAAGGUCAUUUACCAACCAAAACGACAUUUCAUUCAUGAGUAUACAGCUUAGCUAGUCGUUUGCAUAAUAGAGAAUACUAUUCUUGGCAAGCGUGAAGUCGGAUUCUAACUUCCAUUAGCAUGGACACGUUAGCAGUAAAGGGAAUAACUGUGGAUAUGCUGGUAAAAUGGCAAGAGAGUGCCAAGGAAGAAAUAUUGAUCCUGGACAGCAGACCCUUUAUUUCCUACAACGAAGGCCAUAUUGUCACCGCAACGAACGUUCAUUGCCCCCCAAUCCUGAAACGCCGAUCAGGGGGAUUUGUGGCCCUCGAGAACAUCGUCCCGUGUUGUACGAAGAGGGGGAAGCUGGAGAAUGGCGAGUUUAAGCGAAUCAUUGUGUAUGACGAGGAUACAGUCGACUUGGAGCUGUCAGCCAAAGAUUCUAACCUCUACUCGGUGUUAAAAAGUCUUCGACAGCAAAUUGAAGUGGGCGAGCUCUAUUAUAUUAAAGGAGGAUACAAAGACUUCUGUUCCACAUACCCAGAGUUGUGUGACUGUCAAUCCAAGUUAACCACAUGUAGUACCCUCAAUGUGGAACCCGACAAUGUCCACAGACAGGACGCUCCAGUGGAAAUACUCCCAUUCCUCUACCUAGGUAACUUUCAGGAUGCAUCCAAUUUGGAACUUCUGCACCGCCUUGGAAUUACAUCAUUAAUGAACGUUUCAACUAAGUGCAAGAAUCUCUUUGAGCAGGACUUCAGUUAUAUGAACAUUCCUGUUGAUGAUAACCCUAAUGCAGAUCUGGCAGCCUGGUUCCCCCAGAGCAAUGCUUUUAUAGACUCAGUUCGAGAAAAUCAUGGCAAAGUAUUAGUGCACUGUCAAGCAGGUGUAAGCCGCAGUGCCACGAUCUGUCUAGCCUAUCUCAUGUUCACUGCCAAAGUCGGGCUGGAAACCGCCUUCGAACACAUUAAAUCUCGUCGAAGUGUCAUAUCUCCAAAUUUAAACUUCAUGCGACAGCUAGAAAAUUACGAGAAAGAAAUCAAAUCACAUGACGGGACUUUAAAUAGUUCGGUGUCCGAUUCCUCUAUGGACAGUUCAAUGGACACUUCAUCCAAUGAAACAGCUAGCAGCUCCAGUUCAGGCCUGCAGUCCACUGGUUCCAGCCUAUCCCAGGGACAAGUGUUUGGGAGUGGGGCUUUUGACUUCACGUUCAGUCCUACAUUUUCCUCCCCUAAUACCCCACUCCUAUCUCCCAGUUAGCCCCACCCCCCUUCCCCCUUUCAUCACUUACCCCUUGUUCAACGUUAUAUCAUGUAGCCAAAGUUUCCUUAUUGUGUUGUAGUUUUUCAUACUUUAAAUUACACUGUGCCAAAUGCCUCUGCAUUAUAUAUGAUUAGAGGCAACUCUUGUGUUAAUUCAAAUGAGUGUAACAAGUGGAUUUUUUCUUUCUUGGAUGGCCAAAAAUUCUACCACAGGAUGGUGCUACUUAACAAGAAAAGGCUUCAAAGAGGUCUACCGUCCAGCUUAUGUAACCAAAAAAAUUAAUAUUCCACCAAUAAAUGUCACCAGACAGUGUUAUCUCCGCCAUGUUCUACUAAAUUAAUAUGAUUAAUAACUACAAUUAUAGCUUUUUUUUGUGAAAUCGCAAAAGUUCAUGUUUUUUGUGUACAUAUUGAACCAAGUCCAAAGAUCUGAUCAUUUCUUUUGGCAUCUUCAGUAAUUUCUGAUAUUAAUUAUUAUUUUUAUUUUUUUGUGUGUAAGUUAAUAUAAUACCACAGAAUUCCAUUAUUUAUUAUGUACAAGCUUCAGGACAAAUAGUUUACAUUCAAGGGACCAGUCAUUUUCUCAGGCAAUUUCUAAAACAAUUCCAAUUGAGGUACUCUCCGCAAUGUUUAUUUUCAUCCUUUCAGGGAAUUCUGUUUCUAGUUUUAUUUGAUAUUCACCAAUGAAAAAUUCAUAUUAGAGUAUAAGAAUUACUGAUUUGCAGGUCAUAUCAACAUACAUAAAUUCAGUAUAGACCAUUUUCUUAGCAUAUAUGUACCCAACAUUUACAUGUAGAUCACAUCAAAGUUUUGUGGAAACUAGUUUAUUUUAUGUGACUUGAUCAUGAAGCUCUUUCAGUUUUUUAUGUGAUAUUGUUCCCCCCUCCCAUUUUCCUCGGCGUUGUGACUAGAUCUGAAAAGAUGGUUGAACUUGAUGACUUGAGAUCUGUGAAGAAGGCUGAAUAGGAUAUUUGACACAAUCAUAGUUAGUUUUUUUGUCCCCCUUAUCUAUAUCAUUUCCUGUCACUGCUGAAGAAAAUGUUGAUUUAUUCAGAUAGAGAACACAAUUUAAUACCAUGCAACAUCAUAAGUCAUGUACAAUAUUUAAAUUUUACACCAUCGCAACAGGAUGUUAUUGAAGUUUCUUCAAAUUUAAACCUGUGUAUUAUUUGUACACGUGUACUUCUCUGCUUGUUUUCAGAAGUUCACUUACAAAACUUCUAACUUGUAAUUAUUUUAAAGAGAGAAUCACCUUGCUACUUUCCGUUGAUAAAUUUUAAAUUAUUGUUUAAAAGUACCAUAAAAAACAAAAUUUUACCAUCAAGACCAUAAACAAAAUUCUGAAAGCAAAUUUUAUAAGUAUAAUGAAUAACCGAAUACUAGAUAAAUAUGCAAAAUUUAUCUAUCUCUUAUUUAAAAUUUAAUUUGAAACGUCAUUAAAAUCAAUAUAUUAGAAGUUCCAUAAUUUUUCAACACAGCUCAUACAACAGGGGCUUGAGAAAAGGGGGGGGGGGGUGUAACCAUAUAUCUGCCUCCUGUGUCAAAUUUCAAAGCAAAAAUGUAAAUAAUGAAUAUUUGGAAUAUGUAUUUUCAAUCUUUCUUUUGAAGUUUAGAUCUACUAUUUUUAAAACAUUUAAAUACUGUUUUGCUUGUGUUCAUAUUGUAAUUUUGUAUAGUUUCUGUUCAAGUAAAGCUUACUUUAUUUCAGUUUCAAGUUUUUUUUCCCUUUAAAUAUCAGGCUGUAAAUACAGUGUUUAUUACAUGUACUAGUAUUAUAUUUUUUUCUUGUGAUUUCACAAUUAUUAUGCAGAGUUGUUAACCAAUAUGUUUUUUUGGGGUCAUUUUCAUGUACUCAGUUCAUUUUAUUUUUAUCAUGAAGAUCAUCAAUGUACUUUAAGGUUACUAGUUAUAAUGGUUUGUGAGAUUGAUGUUAAUAAUACUCUUGGUGAAUAAAUGAAUCGUAUAGACUAGUAAUAUCACUUAAUGUCUUAGAAACAGAUGUAAUUGCAUAAUCACUUGACAAACGUCUUAAAAAGAGAAUUGUGUUUUUUGUUAUACACGUGAUUUGUGAAAUCCAAAUAAAAAAACAAGAAUGAA